GAUUUAAUCCUGCGCGAUAGAGCUGGAAUCAGCGCGCGUGUACGGCGCUGGAUUGGCUUCGAAGGCCCGGAUUUUGGUUGGAGUAUGCGGAGCGGCUCUUUUGCUGCUGGAUUUGUGUGAGCCCCCGGUGGGUGACGUUGCCUUGGUUCUCGGUGGUGCACUUACUGCUGGUGGGUAGUAGCGGGGCGUGCUCUGCGGUGAUGUCCGCAGUGAAGUAUAUUUUUUUUGGUUGAUUGGUAGGCUAAUACUCGGCUAGGUGUUAACAACAGACUCGGCUGAUUGAAUCGGAGGAAUUAUUUGAGUCGCCUGAAUUUUUUUUAUAGUAAAAUCGUCUGAAUGCAGUAUUAGCCUGAAUUAUUUGAGGAGUCGCCUGAAUUAUUUGAGGGGCGGAGGAAGAGGUCUGCUGGGUUGGAGGGGAGUAGUGUAAUCGAAUGCAGUAUGCAGGGACCACAGGGGUGUGAGGAAGGCCCACUAGAACCCUUGUGUUUCUGGAUAACCCUUUAGUAUUAGGUAUAUUUUUGGAGCUGCCACUUUCCAAGAUUAAUCAUUUUGCUCGUUAGCCUGUGGCCUGCCCCAACAUUCCUGGGACAAAAGAGUUUGAAGCUGCUUUAUCAUUUUGUUCGGUUAAUUUGGUUCUUGUUCUGGCUUGUAACUCUGAUGUUCGUUCUUGGAUUCUACAUAUCUGAAUUCAGAACAUAAGCUGGUGGGAGAUGUGGAUCAGGUUUCAUGUACCCAUUUGUGGGAAUUACCUCAAGUAUACCCUUCUGGAAUUACUGAUUGUAUCUUUGCAUGCUGUCCGACCAUAAAUAAGUGCCCUGCAUUUGAUUUCCUGGUGAAAGGAUUUCCUCUUCAUGCUGUCAUUUGCUACCUUGUAUGUACAGCUUUUGUGUCCUAUUUGAUAGUGUGCUAUGCUCAAAACUAAAGUUAGCCAUUGUCUCCUUUAUUAUUGGUCUCGUUUAAUUGCAAUCAUUUUUUGCUGCCUAUCGUAAUACAUUGGAAAAUUAGAAUUUACUCCACCAAAGUGUAGCAAACUAGCAAUGAAUGUAAACUGAUAGGCGUUUGGCGUCUCCAUUUCAUGCGGGUUUAGUGUGCUAGUGAAGCUGGUGUGUUUGUUAGUAGUCCUAGUAAUCUCAAACUUGCUUGACAAAAACCAGACAAUCAGAUUUCCAAAUUUAAGCUUGCUUAGUAUCGGGCUCUUUUCUGUUUUUUUUUCCCUUUGCUUUGUACAAUUUUCUCGUGCCAUGUUUUUUCAUACUGUGGAAGUAUUAGUAUUAGGUUCUGGUAAGAUGAGCAUGAAAGCAUGCCAUUUCCAGCUACUAAACUACUUGCCAGACCCUACAAGGAGCUCCCAGACUAAUUGGUUCCUUCUUUUUUUCAUUGUACAUCGGUACUUGGUAGCAGAUUUGGAGAGUAUGAAUCUGGUUGGAAAGGUAGCUAGAAAUGAAGAAAGUUUGUAUUUAUAAAAAUACUUUGUGUUAGUAUAUUUUUCAAUUUUUUCAAAUAUAAAUCUCAAACCAGAUGUCAUUUUUUUUUCAUCCUAAACUGAGAUGGUACAUAAGAGUAGGCUGGCCUUGUCAUCAGGAAUCAAGAGUUAAGAGAGUUCCUGAGGCUAUGUUUGACCAAAUUUGAGGGGUUCACCCCAUGAAAUGUGGUUUCUAUCUGCCUUGCUGUCUUGUUAUUCUUGCUCUGUUAGAUUAGCUCUGUGUUUAAUUUUUUUUUUCAUAUGCACAUUUCUUUAGUGUAUUGUUGAUAGAAGGCCUGAAGCAUGCUUGCUCAAUUAACUAUAAAAUGAUUCAUAUAUGAAUAAUUAAACUAGUGUACUGCUGUGUCACACAUACAAGAUAUUAGACCUAGUACUGUGUAUAGCUCUGAUGCUGUCAUGCAGAUUUGUGCGAGUUUCAGUAUUGGAGGUUUAGUAUUGUCAGUGGAAACAUACCAAGCACUGCCACUAGCUUUGGCUCACUUUUGUACUUUUCCUCGUGGAGCAUCUAGCAAUCACAUGCUUACAAACAGCCGGUUAAUCAUUGAACGUCAAAGCUGUUCACAGAGAUCCACCCAGACCUAUGCUCUUUCAAGGAAGGAUUUUUCUCCUAUAACUCAAGAGAUGGAAGGCUUCCUUCACAAUGUCGUUAACAUGGGAUUUCUUGACCGUCUGAAAUUAGCAUGGAAGAUAAUCUUUCCUGCGCCAACCAUAAAGGAAAACUCCAAUGCAAACAUUGCAAAACAGAGGCUUAAGAUGAUCCUAUUCUCAGACAGGUGUGAAGUUAGUGAUGAAGCAAAGAAAAAGAUUGUGGAGAAUGUCAUUGAGGCGCUAUCUGAGUUUGUCGAGAUAGAAUCACGGGAUAACGUCCAAGUGGAUAUCUCAACUGAUGCUGGCCUUGGUACGAUGUACUCUGUGACUGUUCCCGUGCGCCGUGUGAAGCCAGAGUACCAGGAAUCUGAAGAGCAAUACAGAGGGAAAAUCGUUGGCGUCGACUUCAAGGACACUGGAGAAUCGUCUGGUAGCGUUGAUGUGACAUUUGACUUCUUUGUUCCCAAGGAGAACUACUGAGUCCUUGUACUUGGAGUGUGCUCUGCACAAUGUUUCAUUUGUUCUUUGCAUUAUGAACCCUUUGGGUAGAAAGCUAGCAUGUUUGUUCUCUAGCAUGAUGUAAAUAUCUAGGAUCCCUCUUCGCUCCACAUUUCCUGUAACUUGAUUCUGGAACUUUGUUGUAGACAUAGUGCCUGGUUCUUUGAAAAACAAAUUCUGUUUUUCUUCAUGAGAAAAUAACGUCCUGUUGCUGUCUUUGCAACUGUACUAGCA